AGAGAGACAGACAGAGCGAAGAAGAAGGAAAAUUUGCGUUUACGGGGACAGUCACAUGAAAAAAACUUGCCCAAUUUUUGCCGGAAUUUUCGUGGAAAAAGUGUUGGUUUUGCGGCAAAAAGUGACUUAACAUGUGCAUUAACCCCAUGGCUAGCCCAUUGAAGUGGAAUGUUUGUGAAAAGUGGAGUUUUUGGGGUGAAAAGCUGUAGACAAACAUUGGGAGUGAUUUUGACUUUGGAGUACCCAUUUUCUUUUUAGAUGUAGUGUAUUCCUCAGACGGCGGUAGUUUAUCUUUAUGGAAAAGAAUAGAUUGCGCACAGUUCCGUCAAUGCUUCCGUUGAGCAUCAAGAAGGACUCCGGGUCCAGAGAUGGGGCGUCCGAUGGCUCUCCGGGGGACAUUGUUGUGUACGGACCCCACACGUCCAGGCACAAUUCCAAAAUUGUAGUUAACAAUUCCCGCUCGGAGAUUUCCGUGAGUGCCAUUCAGUCCGGAGGACUCACGAUAAUCCCCACUGGUGCCUCAAAACCUGCCCAGAAAUUCCCAGAUUCCAAUGAUACGGCCAAUCAGACGGCCACCAAGGUCAUUGAUCCACUGGGAAUUUCAAUUAAAGUGCCACAGAUCAAAGAGAUAACAUCAUUGUCCCUUCUGAGUCCACCAAAAGUCCCGGAAACCCAAAAAGCCAUCCCAGAAAAACCGGCUGGACCAUCAUCCCGAGAUGGUGAUAGUGGAGAAAAUUGUACAGCAUCCCCUGAAGAAUCCUGCGGUCGCGCCCAAAAUGUCAGCACACCGCUAGAGAAUUGUAUGAGUAUAUUGUCCAAAGUGCCACCUGAAGUAACUAUAAGUGACUGUGGUGAUGAGAAUUCAGCAAUGGAUUAUCGAACGAUGCGCCAGAGUUUCACACCACCCUUGCCCAAUUUGACCCUGAUUCCCAGGGAGCCUCAGCCACCAGCAGCUGGGCCCAAGGCUCAGGAUGUGGUGAACUUCAAUAAUGGUACAAAUCUACAGAUAAUCCCUCAGUCUGUGGUGGGGGGUGUUGUGGAGUUGGAUGAACUCCUGAAGCCUUACAAGUGUGACAUGUGCGACAGAGCCUUCCGGACGCAAGAGAAUUUGGCUGGGCACAAGCAGCAGCGUCAUGGGGAUUUGACCAAGGGGGUCAAUAUCAAGUACAACUGCAAGCCAUGCCGAAAGACCUUCACCAAUCGCCAAGAGUGGCGCAUUCACAUCAAUUCGGCCAACCACAAAAAGCUCAAUGAGGAGCCAGUGGAUUCGGAUGAUGAUGUGCUAAUUGUCGAGGAGACAGUAGCACCAUCAGAGCCCAGCACAAGUUCCUCAAAAGCGGAAAAACCGUUUGCUUGCGCCCUCUGUGGCCGGCGAUUUCGUUCACCAGAAAAUCUCAAACACCAUGAAAUGGGCCAUUUAAAGCCUCAACCUCCUAAAGAUCAAAUUUUCGAUACUGUCUUCACGUCAUCCAUUAGCCAAAUGGAGGCUUAUCAGACAAAGUAUGAGACUAGUGGAUGGCAGUGUCCGGUGUGUGACACUCUCAUUUACAAAAUAGAAGAAUACAAUACUCAUAUGUUGCUCCACUAUACAAAUAUGCCAUACAAAUGUCGAGACUGUCCUGAAAUGUUUACAACGGCCCUUGGUCGUGAUGCUCACUAUCAGAAGAUUCAUGCAAAUGGAAUGAUUGGGGCUCUGACACCCUUUGUGACACUACAUAAAGUGGUGCCGGAGAGGAAUAGGAGUGAUUCGGAUGAGAUGGAAUUGAUGAGGUUGGAGGAGAUGGCAAACUAUCCCAUUCAAAUGGGUGAGAUACGGCCAUUUGAGUGUUUGGUGUGUAAAAAGAGGUUCCGGGAGAAGAAGGUCUUUGACUACCACACGCAAUUGCAUCGUGGUGAGAGACCGUACAAUUGUCGGUGUGGAAAGUACUUUAGGAAUAUGCAUAAUCUCCAUGUGCAUGAGCAGAGUCAUCAGGAGAGGAAGGAACCUCUGCCGAUGAUGAUGCAGCAAAUGUCAAAUAGUAUUUCGGUUAUACCUCAAGUGCCGAGGCUUCCGAAAUUUGAGGUUACGAACAAUGGGAUGGACCUCCUGGUGGAGGGGAAGCGACAACUGAGACUGGAUGAGGAAGAUCCGGCACUGAGGUUUAUGGGAAUGGAUCCAGAUGGGGGAAAUUUGAAGUGCGCCAUGUGCGAUGAAGAGCAACCAAAUCGAAUAAUUCUGAAGCAACAUGAACUGUGGCAUGGUCGAGAUGGGGAGUUUAAAUGCAAUAUCUGUGGGAAGGGAUUCAGUUCGUUGGUGGGCAUAAAGAUCCACAAGAAGAAACACUUGAAUGACAGCCUGGCAGAACAGGCGGGAGUUGUUGAGAAGAUCUUCGAUGGUAUCAAGGAAUCGGAGUUGUUCACUGAAGAUGAAGAUAGUUCGGACGAAAGGAGGUUUAGCUGUAGGAUUUGUAAGAAAAGAUUCAAGUCCAAGCAAGCUAUUCCGUAUCAUAUGCUCGUUCAUACGGGAGAAACUCCUUUUGUCUGUGAAAUCUGCGAAAGGGGCUUCCGAUCUCUGGCUAGUUUGAAGAUACAUCAGAGGAAACAUGCCAAUGGGUAUGACGAUGACAUAGAUGAUCCACCGAUGGAUGUAUCUUCGAUAGAUGUCCCCCCGAUGGAUGUACCGCCGAUGGAUGUAACGCCAAUGGAAGGACAUCCAAUGGAUAUGACUCCAGAAAUAACUCUCGAUAGCGAUGAAGAUCUACAACCGUCAGUCAGUGAUUUCUGUUCGGUUGUCAUGAUGGAACCAGAAGUAAUGAUUGAAGAAGAUGAUUCCCAAACAAUUUCCCCACCCAAACGACCCUAUAUCAGUCGCAAGAAACCCAAUGAUGAGAUCUUUAUCGGUGGUGAGAGAUUUUUUGUGUGUGACCUCUGUCCGAAGAAGUUCAAGAGUCGAGCUGCUCUCACCUAUCAUUCAGCCACUCAUGAGCGUACGAACAAAUGCGAAGAAUGCGAUAAGACCUUCACAACAAGGAUGAGACUCAAGAAGCACUACAAAGCAAGGCAUCCCGGUGUAAGGGUUCCAAGUAGUUCGAUGAUGCCCAAAAUUGGUGGGCAGGAGGUGAAGGAAGAAAUGAUCAACAUGGAUACCGAUGAGAUGAAUGACGAAGAAGAAGUAGAAGAGGAACCACAAGUUUUUAAUUGUCUAAUUUGCGACAGAUCCUUCAGGUCCAAUCACAGUCUCGUCCUACACAAGAAAUACAAUCAUACAGAAGAACAACUAAAGCCUGAAGUCAAGGAUGAAUUUGUACUUGGUCAUGAGGACAAUGUCAUCGUUCCGGGCGAGAUGGAACAACAGAGUGUGGAAAAAGGUGAUUCAGAUGAUGAUCCUCUGAAAUGUCAAAUUUGCCAGAAAGUUCUGAAAUCUAAGCCAGGAUUUGACUAUCACAUGAUGAUUCACACAGGAGAGAAGCCCUAUGAGUGUCAGUACUGUGGCAAACAAUUUCGUAGUUUCAAUUACUACAAAGUCCAUGAGAACUAUCACGAGAGGAAUGUGAUAAAACGCCGUGGACGUCCGAGGGUGAACAAUGAGGUUUGUGGGGUGAAUCUCAAUGAUAUGGAUUUGGACUAUACACCAAAUGGUCGGGGAUACUUUGAGUGUAGGGUUUGUGGGAAGGAAUUCAAGAGUCGUCAAGGAUUGCCGUAUCAUAUGGCAUUGCAUAUGAAAAAUCGGAUUUUCCGAUGUUUGCAGUGCAAUUUAAGCUUCAGGAAUCUCAAUAGGUUCCAAUUUCACAAUCUUCUGACGCACACUGAGGGUAAGGGGGAGGAGGAGGGUGCUAGGAGACCGGAAGAAAUAAAGGUGGAGGGUGAGGAGAGGAAAAGAGGUCGUCCGAGGAAAUUUCCGAUUUUUAUAAAGGAUGCCAGGGAAGAAGAGGUUAAGAUUAAGAAGGAACCUGGGAUUGAGGGUGAUGAAGUUAGGGCGAAAGAAAAGCCAAAUGAUGGGGAAUCGUCGAAGGUGUUGAUAAAGAGGCUUCCGGAUUUGGAGGAUGGAUCGCAGCAGUUUCAGUGUGUUCUGUGUCAGAGGAUCUUCCGUAGUGUUCAAGCUAGUACGUAUCAUGUGAUGGUGCAUACGGGAGAGAAACCCUUCCGGUGCCACACAUGCAACUAUGGCUUCCGCUCUCAGGCUAAUUUGAGAAAGCAUCAAUGUGGAGUGUUUAGGCCACGUCCGGGUCGAAGGUCCAGGUAUGAUGUUCAGGGUGAAUUUGUUGGGGAUUCCUUUCAAAGUCAAUUGGUGGCAUGGAAGACCCUAGCUGAUAUGGUUCAUUUGAAGUGCAAAAAAUGCGAUCAGGGAUUCAAGAGUAGGCCAGCUCUUAUGUAUCACUGUAUGAUCCACACAGGGGAAAAGCCCUAUAAGUGUCUGAUUUGCGAUAAACGCUUCCGUUCAAUGACUAACCUCAAUCUGCAUCAGAAAUACCAUGAGAGAGAUGGACAUUUAGACAGGCAGACUUACAUGGCGGCCAAGGGGCUGCUGAAGACUGAAAAGGAAGAUGGUCAAACGGUGGAAGGGGAAGAAAACAGCGACACUGUGCAACUAGAUACGAUUCCUGAGUGUACAAUUUGCAAGAAAACCUUCCGAACAGUUGGGUAUAUGCGUCAGCAUCAGCGUAGGGCACACAGGAUGCGCUUCCAGAAUGACAAAACGCCACCGUAUACGGUAGAUGGAGAGGAGGAAUUUGAUUUGCCAGAAGUAAAGCUUGAAUUUGUCGAUGGGGGCUACAAGUGUUCCGAAUGCGACAAGAUUUUCCCCACAAAAGGAGGUUAUGUCUAUCAUUCUUAUACUCACAGCGGUGCUCGACCGUACAAGUGUCGAAGGUGCUCGGCUGAGUAUCGUUCGAGUGGAAAUCUCAAGUAUCACGAGAAGACUGUCCAUAAGAUCGUCAAUUGCGGUGGAAGGAGAGCUAGACGCCGCCGGAGGCACAUGAGGACACCCAAUAAUCCAGAUGGCGACCUCAAACUUUUCCUAUCGCGAAUUGAUGGUAUGCAAUUCAAGAUAAAUAAGCCGCAAGAGGGCAUACCGUCGCCGUCAGCAAAAACUCCCCAAGAUGGCGCUGCAGACGAUCAAAAUAGCUCCGAAAUGACAGAAAAUGCUUCGCAGCCAGGGAAUGUCUUUGAAGAUGACACAGGUGGUAAAAGUAGCCCUGAAUUGAAUCUGCCAAAAUUGUCCUAUGACAUUUUGGAUCCCAUGCCCCUAAGAGAUAUUCCCGAUCCGGCAAUUUCCGAGGUGAUUGCUCUGGAUGAUUUUACAGAGGCACCAGAACUCGAAACCCUGACUAGCAAUUUUGAAGAUGAAGCGGAUUUUAAUCCACUGCCGGAGGUCUGCAAUCAAAGGGCAGCUGAACUGGAGGAACUCACGGAGAAUCUCGAUCAGUGAGAGAUGCGAAAGCAGAGCUCCCAAUGUAUAUAAUUUCUUAUAGUGACAAUAUUAUGGGAAUAAAAUAAAAUCUUUACAGAAUAAAAAAAACUACAAUUUAUAAAUUAUGAGCAUGCAUGAAGAACAUUUUAUAAUCUUUUAUCAUAACAUCUCUAAAACAGAAAUUAUAUUGCAGAGAUUAUUGUAUGUGUAUACCCUUUCUUUAGAGAGUAUUUUGAAAUAAAAAAUUAGAUACCGCAA